GAAAAACUGCCUUGGACUCAGAACAAGCGUCCGGUGGCAGCUGCCGUGGCGAUGGUAGCUGUAGUUCUCAUGGUCGUGGUGAUGGGUGGAAUUAUGAUUAAGUACACAUUGACUGAGGCCUGGCAUAGAAGGGCCCAUCUACGGCUAGAAGAUAUCAUUGCUGAUGAGUUCACACCAGUGCCGUUCAAUGGAACCUGGGUAUCUGAGAGUGAUAUAAUGUUCAGAGACAAAGGAAACAACGCCAUUCUGCUUAAUUUGUAUUCUCGUUCCACAAAACUCCUUACUAGUAAUUUCCACGUGAUUCCAACACUGAGUGGUGAUGUUGAAUAUUCUAUGUCACACAGUAAACAUUUUCUUUUAGCAAUGCACAACAGAACGAAGCUUCCAGGACAACUUGCAGUAGCACAGUAUGAAAUAAUUAACAUCAGGAAUCAAACAAAUCAAUCUUUGAGAUAUGAAAAUUAUCCUAAUGAAGAUAGACAUUUAUUACAAUUUGCUAUGUGGAAUUCAAGAAGAAGUGAAAUAAUAAUGGCUUACCAUAAUGAUCUAUAUUAUGUCCCUAAUCCAGCCCUGAAUAUACAGAUACAGCUUACUCACUCUGGACAGCCCAAUGUUAUCUUCCAUGGAGUAACCGACUAUUUAUACAGAGAAGCUAUUUUAAAAACUGAUGUAGCUAUCUGGCUAUCUCCAAAUGGACAGCGACUUGCAUAUGGUUCUUUUAAUAAUACACAUGUUCAAGCUACGUACAUUACCUAUUAUGGAAAGCCUGGUAGCUUGCAUUAUCAGUAUCCUCACAACCUUCAAAUAAGAUAUCCCAAAGCUGGUACUCCCUUACCAACUGUUACCUUGAGUGUACUUGACUUGGAGUACAAAUUGCAGAAAAGGCUUAGCACCCUCUAUGCCCCUCUUCCAAGAGGAAUGUCGCAGGGGGAUGUUUUGUUGACUGCUGUUGCUUGGAUGAACAAUGAUGAAAUAGCAUCAGUUUGGAUGGAUAGGUUGCAGACACGUGCUGUUGUGACAGUUUUUAAUUAUGACAAAGGAAGUCGUUAUGAUCUUUUGAGAGUCAAUGAGGAAGCUGGAUGGCUGCCACUUUUAGCCGCCCCUUUUUUCUCAUCUGAAGAUCAAAGAAUGGUGUUAAUCCUCCCUCAAGAUCAAGGAGACAGAGAGGGAAAGUUUCCUCAUGUAUGCUUGGUGCAACAAAAUCAAGGAAAUGCUCUCAUUAAGCCUCUUACGAUGGGAAAAUAUUCCGUCAAGAAGAUUCUUGCUUGGGAUAAACAACAUAACAAAAUAUAUUUUCUUGCUACUGAAAUUGACUCUCCAUCAAUACAGCACCUAUACAGUGUGUCUGAUGAUCAGUGGAGGGCUCCAAACACUCCUGCCUGCAUAACAUGUCAUAUUAGGACCUCCGAAAUUGGCAUGCCAUGUCAGUAUAAUUCUGCUUCAUUCAAUGAUGAUAAUUCAUUUUACAUGCUCAACUGUGAAGGGCCAGGUGUUCCAGAAAUUAGUAUUUUUGAUCGAAGUCACAUGAGAGUGAUUGUUUGGGAAAAGAAUGCAAAAAUCAGGACAGCAUUACAAAAAGUGGGCCAUUUACCCACCAAACAGUAUUUACAGAUUGAAAUUGCAGAUGGAGUAAAAGCUCAUGUAGAACUGAGAAUACCACCUGACUACAACCCAAAGAAAAACAAGAAGUAUCCUCUCUUAGUCUAUUUAAGUGGAUCACCAGAAACUUGUCCUAUCACAGAAAAAUUUUCUGUUCAAUGGAAUGAUUACAUUACUGGCAGCAAAAAUGUAGUUCUUGCUCGAAUAUCAGCACGUGGAUCAGGACUUAGAGGGAGCACUCUGUCUAAAAUAAUAUACAGGCAACUUGGUUCCGUUGAAAUAAAUGAUAUUAUUUAUGUUACUAGAAAUCUUCAAGAUUUAUUUACAUUCAUUGAUAAAUCACGAACAGCAAUUUGGGGAAAACAUUUUGGAGGAUAUCUGACAACUAUGACUCUCUUGAAAGAUGUGGAACACACAUUCCAAUGUGGUUUGGCUGUCUCGCCAAUAACAGACUGGUUAUACUAUGAUGCUGUAAGGUCUGAAAGAUACAUGCGCCUGCCAACUAUACAGGAUAAUUUGGCAGGAUAUAUUGAUGCUAGUUUAACGAACAAAGUUGAAAACCUUCGAUACAAGAAAUUCAUGCUCAUUCAUGGAACCGCAGACAGUUCAGUCCAUUAUCAGCACUCCAUGAUGCUAGCUAAAGCUUUAGAACAGAAUGGCAUUUUGUUUUCACAGAGUUCGUAUCCUGAUGAGGAAAUGAACUUAAAAGGAGUCACUUCCCAUUUGUAUUUUACUAUGGAAAAAUUUUUUGAUGACUGCUUCAGUAGUAGUACUUAACUUUUUCAAAGCUAUGAUAAAAUAAAACAUCUGCAAGAACAGAAGUGUGGUGUCCUGAACUUUUAUACAAAAAAUCUACAGAUCAUGAGAUAUGUACUGUACCACACAACCUCAAGCAAUUUAAGAUGGCAGUGGCCAACCAAACCUUUCCAGCUCAGGAACUCAACUUGGAACAUACAUUCUAUUAAGAUUCCUGACAUUAUUUAUUAGAAUCUCCCAAGAUAGACUUCUUCAAUAUGAAGAAAUAAUUAAAGUACAAAAAGUGGCUUGAAUGUGCACUAACGAAAAAUAUUAAUAAACAUUUUUGUAGAGUGCUUGACAACAAUUCAAGAAAUCAAUGAAACAUUGUGGCAACUUAGGAAAGCUCAUGAACCAUGAAAUUAAAAGAAGUGAAGUAGCUGAAUAAUUAACAGAAUUGUUCCUGUUCUCCUUGGCAAAUUCUUCUGUCAUGUAGAACUCCAUAACCAACACAUCCAUGUUACUUAACAACUUUUAAGUCUUUGUUCUAAAAUGUUUUAUAAUAAAAAAGUACAUCUAUAAUUAUAAUUAUAUAUUCUACUGAUGGGCACUUUAAUUAGGUGAUAGAAGUUUGUCAUCAAUAUACAUUCAUUUGAUAAUGUAAGUAAACAUUUACCUCCAAGAAUUAAUCAACAUGGUAGGAUAGUCACUUGUUGGUGAUUAAAAUGUCCACAUGUAAAAAUGUUUGGAGUAAAGUGUCCAUAAAUUUUAUUUUAAAUAUAUCUAAAGUAGAAAAGUGUUUACCGUAAAGUUUUAUUCUAGUUCUUCCUGCUGCAUUCUCUUCUGUCUGUAAUAAAAUUUUCUGUUUUACACAGGGUUGUCCAUUUUAUGACACUUGUUUUAUUGAUAUUUCCAUUCUGAAACUAGUAAAUUACACGACUUUUAUAAUUACAAAAAUAUAUUAACACAUAUUUAUGGAAGAAAUCACGAUUAAAUGAAUAUUAAACAUAUUUCUGACAACUUACUAAUGCCUUUUCAAUUAUGUUCACUAAAGUAGAAAAAUUUUAAUAUUUAGGGUUUUAUGUUUUUUUCAACCAUUGUUAAACUGGUUGUGAAACUCAUAAAA